AUGGCCGCUAGCACAAUGACCGCCGGUACGCCUAACGGGGUUCCAUCUGCGACGACGUCCCUGUGGGCCAACAAAUAUCGUGGGGCCACGGUCGAAGACCUGGACCCGCCGUCUGCUCUGUCUGUCUCCCCCACCGACCCAGUCUCGCACGCGCUCAUGUCGGCCUUCGAGCGUGACUACACGCACUUGACCGUCCUAUCGCCGGAAAACCGUGCGCUGCUCGGCUAUCUCAACAUCCCCCGACUCAAAGAGCAGCUCAAGGAGGGAAAGGUCCAGGACACAAGCCCUGUCAGAGAUGCCAUGCAGCGCUUCCGCCGGAAAGGCCGCGUUUACAAGGUCAUCACGAUGGACACGCCGCUCGAAGAGCUGGAGGAAUUCUUCGAGGGCAAAGGUACGGAGGGCCAGAAGCAGGACUUCGCGGUUGUGACAGAUGCGAGCAGGCGCUUCGUUCUGGGAGUAGCCACCAGGUCUGACCUGGAGGAGUUCGUGAAGAGAAGACCCUAA